CAUCUCAUUUCAACAAUCAGAAGGUGAAGAUGCAUCUUAUAUUUCUCUGUUUUCUUUGCUUUUCCUCGGUUUCUUCAGAUUUCUCACCUAGUUUCAAUAAGUUUUUAAUUGAUAACUAUGGUAAAGGAAUCAAUGAUUUAUUGGCAAGAAGAGAUAUUGGACCACAUGGAAGUUAUGGUGGUGGUACACAUGAUGGAAGUAAAAGAACCAGUAAACAAGCUGUUAUUCUCGUGCAUGGAAUCACAAAUACUGCAGGUACUUUCCAAGGGCAUAGACAUCAUCUUCUGAAUGCGGGAUGGAGUGAAGAAUUGGUGUUUGCAACGACUUACGGUGAUGGUGGAAAGACAAUGGCACCAAUGGUGGAUAUGAAGUGUCAGUAUGUGAAACAGGUGAGAUACAUGAUUCAAGUGGUUGCUGCGUUUACACAUAGGAAGGUCGAUGUAAUUGGUUAUUCAUUGGGAUCACCAAUUGCAAGAAAGGCAAUUCUCGGAGGAGCUUGUGUGGAAACAGGAGAGAAUCUCGGACCACCAUUGACUGCAUUAAUUGACACAUAUGUAUCUGUUGCUGGAGCCAAUCGUGGAUCAUUCCUUUGUGCUCUUCCAUUUCCUGGAGCAUGUAACAUGAAUAAUGGACUAUCAUGUAUGUCUGCAUAUAUUAAGGAUAUCAAUUCUCGUCCAAGAUAUGAAGGAAAAUACAUUUUUUCAAUUUACGGACCAGGAGACGAUAAAGUUGGAUACCGUAAUACUUGUGGACAGUUAUGCUCACAGAUUGCUGGAGCAAACGGCGAAUUUGAAAGACCAGGAAACCAUGACGAUGUAUUGAUCAAAACUGCUGCUUUACAAUUUAAAUUAAUUGAUACACAUGCUGGAUGAUAAAAAAAUAAUUCUUAAAAACGAAAUCUCUGUACAUUUGUUCAAUUUAUUAAAUCAAUUUAUUAAAUGUGUAUCAAUUUAUUAAAUACACAUUCAAAUUCGAAAAUUAUCUGUUUCUAAAAUAAAUGUUGCAUACCAAUAUUAUUUUAAUAUCAAUCGAAAUCUUUCCAUGUUCUAGAUUUUCUGAAAAAAGUUUAAUAAAAAAGAUUUAUUGAA